AUGGUGCGGGAUGAUGAUGCCAUCACCAGCGUCGGUGGCAAAGACGGGAGCAAGAUGACAGAUCUCUCCGUGUCCGCGUCAGUGAAGUCCGUUGAAUGGGCUCACGAGUGUAAACUGCCCGAGCCAGAUCAAACUCUGGAUUCCGGAAAAGAAAACUUUAACUCUGCUGAAUAUGUGGAGGCGUUGGACCUCGAGAACUGUACCGUUCCAGCGGAGGGUGUUUGUUUAGGUGUAUGGCUAUGUGUGUAUGCCUGUGUGGCUGGAUGCACUCGAUACACAGACGAGUCGACGGGCCUCUAG